AUGCUUGAUUGUGAAUCAACAUCAUUUGAUGAUGAAAGAAAAGAAAAAAUUUUCAAGUUAGCAUGUGCAAUGGGAGAUACUUAUGAUUCAGAAAAUGACAGGGAAAAAGAAUUUGAAAAUAAACUUAACAAUUUUUUGGGGUAUAAUAUAGAUGGAAAAGAUAGGAAGAAGAGGAAUUGUAAUGAAGAAGUUAGAUUUGAUGCAUUAGUAAAGUUAGAAUACUCAAAAUCAGAAAAGGAUGCCUUGUUGGUAGGAUUUGAAUACAAAAACGAAUCUUCGAAGGUUGAUCCAUAUGUGCAAAUCAGCACAUACUACCAAGAAUAUGUGGUUCAACAUGCUGAAGAUGAUGAAGACCUUAUCCUGAACACUUGCUUGCCAUCAGAAAAUCUUAUAGUCAGACCUGAUUUUUUUGAAUCAUGGAUAAAUCAACUGACAAGAAUAUUUUGUUCUUUACAUGAGGCGAUUAAAACUUUGGAAAAAUACUAUAGUGAAUGUUUAUUAGUUCCAGAAAAAAAGAUUGAUAGAAACGUGGGAAGGUUUCCGUGGAUAAGGUCAUACACAAAGGAUUCUUUAGUGGUAUCUUUUCAAUACAAAAAACGUUGUGUUGACAUUUUACAAAGUCUGGUGUAUCUUGUAGAAAAGAAUGACGAUACAAAACACAUAGUCAAGUUUUCUGGAACUUAUGGUUAUGAUGCACACAGUUUCUGUGCUGAACAUCAAAUAGCACCAAAAAUCAUUCAUUAUUCAGACAUAAAUUCUGGGUAUAAAUUUAUUGUAAUGGAAUAUCUUGAUGGAUAUGAGACUAUAAAUUCAUUGUUUUCAAAAGUAAAAAAAGAAGAUUUGAAGGAGAUAAAAAAUUCUAUAAAAGUUGCUGAUAGAUGGGUUAUAAAAAUUAUAGAUUUUGAAUGGGCAGGUCCAGAAGGAAAAAUUAGAUAUCCAUAUGUGACCAUGAAUCCAAAGAUCAAAUGGCACAAUGAAGUGAAACCUGGAAAUUUAAUUAGAAAAUCACAUGACAUACAUUUAUUAGAUGAAGGCUUUAUUACUCCUCAAUGA